GAACGGCCCCUCUCUCAAGUGUCGGGAUGCCAUCAAUUUUUGAAUCCGAUUCUUCGGAGCUCGUAAAUCUCUUCAGGUCCGGGGUGAAUUCGUUCUCUUAGCAAGGGUUGCUGGUUCGGUUUCGUCUACGUCACUAUCUGAAAUGAGGAUUUUUGAAGUUGCCCCUCAGGUUCGACUGAAGCGAGAAGAAAUAGGGGCCGAGGUGACAUGAGGGCAUUGCCGAAUGAUGUCGAAGAGUCGAAUUGUGUCUUAAACAUUCAGCGGCUAUCGCUUGGAACAUUGAAGCACUUUAAAUUUGACUAUAUGUCACAAGAUGUCCGGGAUCAUUGUAUCAAGGCCACAUGCCUACGGCUUAGCUUAAACUUUCAACCGCAGUGACUCAGCUGGAGGUAGGAG